AUGCCACGGCAGAUGGAGCGCAGUGAGACCGUGUGUCGUUACUGCGGUGUGAGCUACCUCAUUUUCCACGAGUUCCACCAGCUUCACACCAGACUGACCCAGAUGGAGGCCGACCUCCAGGAGCUCAGAGAGGCCGCUCAGAGAGAGAAGGCCUUGCGUGAGGUGCUGGAGCAGGACCGGCACAACUGGGAGAGGACUCUUCGCCGUGAGGUGCAGGAACGAGCUGAAACGAGAGAGAGGAACACACGAGAAGAGCUGGAGGAGAGAAGUCAAGGCAUGGCAAGAGCUAUGAGAGAAGAGCUAGAAGCAAAAAUUGAGAGUGCAAGGAGAGAGGUGGAAGAAGAGUUUUAUAAAGUCAGCUGUGAGAAAGAGAGGCAACUUAGAGAGGAGCUGGAGGAGUUACGGUCGGAGGAGCUGAGGAAGCAGCGGGACGAGCUGGAGAGAAGGGCCGAGGAGAGAGAGAAAGUUCUGAGUGACGCACUUCAAAAGAGCAAUAAAAAUUCAGGCGAGCUGAGAAACAACCUCCAACAGCUGGAAGAGAGAUUGACAGUUGCAGCUGCCACGGAUAAGGAGGCAGAGCAGACACUUGCAAAAGAGAAGCAGCGAUGUGAAGUUCUCAGGAUUGUGUGUAUGAAGCAAAAACAGGCCCUGCAAGCAACUGUCUUCUUCCUUCGUACUUCUGGCAGCAGCUUCGCAGACAUUCGAGGUUUCCUCAGCCAGCUGAAGGAGGCCUGGCUGGCCUUUACAUCUCAGAUGGUGCAACUCUGUGAACAUCUUUUCUCAGAGUUGAGCGAGGAGCUGCAGCGUUGCAGCGUGCAGCGUCAGAAAAAGCAAGACGAGAAUGAGUGUCUACUUCACCAGCUGAUGGAGCAGAGGAGACUGAGAGAGGAGCAGCUGUCUCAACAAGAAAACUCCGAGAAGGAGCACACAGAAAGUCUACUCCGAGAAAGGUGUGUGUUGGCUCUGCUGGAGAUCUGCCGCUGGAUCAGGGGAGAUCUUAGGCCGCGUAAACUGCUGGUGACACGGCGGAGUCUCGUGUGA